AUGGCGUCGACAACGUUAAUAUGGAUAACACUAACCGUACUUCAGCUUGGCUGCACCAUGUAUGUAAACGAAGUCUACCAAUACCACGGCUUCUGUUUAGACGUGUUAAUCAAUCAAAUUAAUGCACUACAAAAGUUGGACAAUUGUACGGUGAUAUUAGGGGACCUAAAGUUACAGUUGCAAAGAACGAGGCCUCGUGACUUUGUGAACGUCAGUUUUCCUAAAUUAAAAGAGGUGACAGGCUGUGUUGCGAUUUAUGGGGCGUCAGGUUUGGAGUCUGUGGGCGGGCUCUUCCCAAACCUAAUGAGGGUGCGCGGGAAUACACUGAUUAAUAACUACGCGCUUAUCAUCAGUAAUAUGCCAAGACUUAGAGAGAUAGGCCUCGCAAAUCUCCUAAAAGUAGACAGAGGUGGAGUUAUAAUCUGGCCAGGUCCUCUCACCUGUUACGUACAUUCUGUAGAUUGGAGGGCAAUCGCACCGAAUGCCAGACACGUACUAAGUGGGAUUGACGUAUACAAUCCAUGCAAGACCUUGCCCUGUUCCUGUACGGAUAAUUCCACUACUAACUUCUGUUGGAAUAAUAUGAAAUGUCAGCGCUUUCUCGAAGGUCCGGAGGCGGAAAGAUGUAACCCGGAGUGUGUCGGAUGUCUCAAAAGAGAUGGAUCUAUUUGUUCCCUCUGCCGAUAUUAUACGUAUCGAAAUAAGUGCCUCAACACGUGUCCGAAUGGGACAAUACCUCUAACUGACACUAAUUACUGUGUAACAAUAGAUGAAUGUACACAUUUGGAGCGCUGGCCGUGGAACAAUACGUGCGUCUCCGAGUGUCCACAAAACUACGUCAAACAAACUAAGGGGACAACAACCUGUGUGCCAUGCGAGAAUUGUAAUUUGACUUGCAACAACGUAACUAUACAAACAUUAUCUUCGAUUCAGGAAGCUGCAAGAUGCGUCUACAUCAAAGGCCAUUUAAGUAUUCACGUCAGAGCUCCUCCAGAAACUAUGAAGGAGCUGAGAUAUUAUCUUAAGAGUAUUCAAGAGGUUACGGAUUACAUUGAAAUAAGGGGCUCCCUCGUCAUCACGUCUUUAGAUUUCCUUCCCGCAUUAAAACGAAUUAGAGGGGAAAAUCUUUUUAGCGAUAAAUACAGCUUAGUAAUCCACGAUAUGCAUAGCCUACAGACAUUAUUUACAGCAAAUGUAACGCACCAUUUGAAAGUCGAUAGAGGAUCGGUUUCAUUUUAUAGAAAUCAAAUGCUUUGUGUCAGUGAAAUUGAAAAACUUGUGCGUGCAUUUCCCGUACCACCUACGGAGUUAGAAAUUCCUCAGGGCCUAAAUGGAUACAGUGGCAGCUGUGAUGAAGCUUUUUUCAACUUAACUAUACAUGUUAAAAAUGAAACAAACGUUGUAGCUAGAUUUAAUCCAGAAUCAAAUACAAGUGAGCACACAGUUCUGUAUGUUAAAGUGCCAGCAGGAUUGAGCAGUGCGAUAGUUCCAGAGGUUUGUAGUGAUUCAGAAUGGCACGCGAUUAGUAUUCAAUCUACAGUAGAUAAAUCAAUAGAAGUGGAAUUGUUCUCAUUAAGCCCAGCUACAAAGUAUGCGAUAUGUAUAGAAAAAUUUGACCCGAAAACUGGUCGUCUUGCUCGGAGUUCAGUGAAAAUCUUCACAACAUUCGUCGGUAAACCGGAACCACCGUUUAUAGUAGAAUUAACCGCAUCAUCUUCCGAAGUAGUUGUCAUUCGAUGGGUUGAUCAUCUAGAUUACCUCCCUUAUAUUGUUAGGUAUGAAUUAGAUGUAACGCUUAUAGAUUUACAUAAUUUAAAUAACUUUAAUUAUAAUCAUUGUAUAGAUUAUGAUUAUUUUGACUGGGAAGAAGAUUUUUCAGUCCAUGCCAGAGUCAUGAGACCACCAAAGAAAUAUGACAGAAGUUGUGAGUCAAUGUGCGGUGUCCUAUCAACGGCAACCGCUGGUGCAAUGGUAGACGAAUAUUUUGAUGUUUGUAAUAUAAUAAAAGACUGUCAUCAAACACAUGAGAGGCCACUUAAUAAGACUGUUGGUAAUUAUAUACAAAACAUAGCUUUAGACAUAUAUGGUAAGAGAAAAAACUUUCAAGUAGGUGGUUUAGCACCGUAUCAAAAUUACAAAUUUCAGUUACGAGCCUGCACUUCUAAAGAAUGCAGCGUUUCAGCUCGUAAUAUUGUUAAAACAUUAAGAGCUAUCAAUGCUGAUAUACCAACAAUAACCUUUCUUACUGCUAGCGAAAAGGGUGACGUUUCUGUGAAAUGGGAUCCUCCCAAAACCAUAAACGGGGCUGUAUUGUCUUACACAGUUGAAGUAACACCUGUAAUUAAAUUUAAUGACUAUAGUUUGCUUUUACCCCACACUCUUUGUGUUUCUGGGAAUAUAACAAGUUUGAUAAUUAAGACACAAAUUGCCGCUAAAUAUAUAGUAAGACUUUGCACGAAAACUCUCGCGUCCAGUUAUUCUUGCGGUGUUAAAAUGAAAGUUUUAGUUUCGAGUGAGGUGUACUCAAAUGUGUGGUUAUCUGGAGCUAUUUUUGGUAUGUUUUUAAGUGUAACAUCGUGUAUGAUAGGAUGGAAGUAUAGGAAACGAAAUAUAAACGAUGAUAUUCUUUUAGUAAACGCAACAUCUAUGUACCGUAAUGAAAGUGAACCGCCAGCUGUGAUGAUGUCUGAUUUUGCUCCAAUCUAUAGCAUACCAAUUAGAGAUACACAUUUAUAA